AUAUAUAUAUAUGCAACUAAACACUAAGCCGAUCCAACUACAACUAAGCAAAGCGCAGCUCGUGCUGAAACUUAAUCGAAACAGAGACUACAAGUACUACCAAUGGAGAAAACGACGGCGACCACGGAAACAACGACGGCGACGAGUGCUAGGACAGCGAGUUUGCAGGGGCAGGAAAAGGUAGCUUCGACGGAUAGGAAAAAGAUGAAGGUGAUGGUAGCUCUGGACGACAGCGAUUCCAGCUUCUACGCUCUGACCUGGGCACUCGACCACCUCUUUACCACCUCAAUCGGAGUCGCUGCAGCUCCGGCGAAAGAGUUCCCUGAAGAAGUGGAUAUGCUCUUCCUCGUCCAUGUUCAGCAACCUUUCCAUCACUACGCUUACCCCGUCGGACCUGGUGGAACCGGUUUGUCUUGUGCUCGUCUAAUAAGACCAAUUUAUGCGACAUCAUCGGUUGUGGAAUCUGUGAGGAAAGCUCAGGAAGAGAUUUCCACUGCUUUGCUGUCUCGCGCACUUGAAAUGUGCAAAGCCAAAGCCAAAGCCAAAUUGGUCAAAGCAGAGACUCUGAUUCUCGAUGGCGAUCCAAAGGACAUGAUUUGUCAGGCCUCUGAGCAAAUGAAUGUAGAUCUCCUGGUCCUGGGUAGUCGUGGUCUUGGCAAGAUCAAGAGCAUUUCUAGGGAGCGUGAGUGAUUACUGUGCUCACCAUGCAAGCUGUCCCAUUCUCAUCGUGAAGCCAUCCAAGGAAGCAGCCCGAGUGGGCUGAGUUGGGCGAUUCAAAAGCCUACUCAUUUCAAUGCAAAUUACUCAUUUUCUGUAAUAUCCAGGACAUGUUUUUUCUUAUUUACAAACAAACUUCUGUACCUUUUUUUUUUUUUUUUUUCCCUCUCUUUUUCAAUGGUAUGUUAGUAGUGUACAGAGCCUUUGCUGUUCAGAAUCUUUUUACCCUCCUCA